UCCAGACUUGCCACAUUGGAUCUGGUUCUGUAGUGUGGGCCCGGUAUAAGGCACAAUGACCCACCAUCAUGUGGGUCCAUCACUAACCUGGGCCAUCACAAAGCUCAUAGCUGUGCCCGGCUCUUGAACCAUCCUCCAUCUCUGGCUCGGACAUUCUCUGUUCCCUCACCUCAACUCCGUAGUAUUUCGAUAUCAACAAUGUGUACGGUCUCGUUCUCUUCUGCUUCUUCCAUGCGAGUAGAUUCAUUCCCAUCUUCUUCCUUCUCUGUCCCGUCAUUCCCCAUCACCAAAACCAGUAAUUCCACCACCAUACCCUUCAAUAAGCACAAAAGAAAACACCAUAGAACCCGAUUGUUGCUUCUCACUGUUUCAGCUUCUUCGACAACCAAAGAUGUCUGGCGAAGAACAUCUCCACUAAAGUCGGUGCUGUCCUCACCUUCUCGAGGCCAAGUAUACCACAGGCACCCCAGAAAACAAGAGCCCGUGCACUUGGAUCACAGUGUGGACAUGGACGAACUCUUAACCUCAAUAGGACAAACUCAAAACGAGCAAGAACUCUACUCUCUAAUGUCACCCUACAAAGGCAGACAGCUUUCUAUCCGUUUCAUGGUUUCUAUGCUCUCGCGCGAGCCCGACUGGCAAAGGUCGCUUGCGCUUCUCGACUGGAUCAACGAAGAAGCUUUGUAUUCACCUUCGGUGUUUGCGUACAAUGUUGUUAUGCGCAAUGUCCUCCGCGCGAAGCAGUGGGAUAUCGCGCAUGGGCUGUUCGAGGAAAUGCGCCACAGAGCGCUUGCGCCCGAUAGGUAUACUUAUUCGACGCUUAUUACUUAUUUUGGAAAAGAGGGUAUGUUUGAUUCGGCGCUGGCUUGGCUCCAGCAAAUGGAGCAAGACCGUGUGUCUGGGGACCUCGUUCUGUAUAGUAAUUUGAUUGAGCUUUCGCGGAAGUUACGCGAUUAUUCCAAGGCUAUAUCGAUCUUUUCAAGGUUGAAAGCGUCCGGUAUUGCACCCGAUCUUGUAGCUUAUAACUCGAUGAUUAAUGUGUUUGGUAAAGCGAAGUUAUUUCGAGAAGCCCGUCUUCUUAUUAAAGAGAUGAGGGCAGCUAGUGUUUUGCCUGAUACAGUGAGCUAUUCGACGCUUUUAACUAUGUAUGUGGAGAAUCAGAAGUUUGUUGAGGCCUUAUCGGUGUUCUCUGAGAUGAAUGAGGUGAAGUGCCCGCUUGAUCUUACCACCUGCAAUAUUAUGAUUGAUGUUUAUGGGCUGCUAGAUAUGGCCAAGGAAGCUGACAGACUGUUUUGGAGCAUGAGGAAGAUGGGAAUUGAACCCAAUGUUGUUAGUUACAAUACCCUUUUGAGGGUUUAUGGCGAGGCUGAGCUUUUUGGGGAAGCCAUACAUCUUUUUCGGUUGAUGCAAAGGAAGGAUGUUGAGCAGAAUGUUGUUACCUACAACACCAUGAUAAAGAUUUAUGGGACGACUCUUGAGCAUGAGAAAGCUACGAAUCUUGUACAAGAGAUGCAGAACAGAGGGAUUGAACCAAAUUCCUUUACUUACUCAACAAUAAUAUCUAUAUGGGAGAAGGCAGGGAAACUGGACCGUGCAGCAAUGCUGUUUCAGAAGCUGAGGAGUUCGGGGGUGGAGAUCGAUCAGGUUCUUUAUCAGACGAUGAUUGUCGCUUAUGAGAGGACAGGUUUGGUUGCUCAUGCUAAACGUUUGCUUCAGGAACUCAAGCGCCCAGACAAUAUCCCCAGGGAGACUGCAAUUAAAAUUCUGGCUAGAGCAGGUCGGAUUGAAGAAGCUACAUGGGUGUUUCGCCAGGCUUUUGAUGCUGGAGAGGUGAAGGACAUAUCUGUGUUUGGGUGCAUGAUUGAUCUUUAUUCAAGAAACAGAAAGCAUGCAAAUGUCAUUGAGGUGUUUGAGAAGAUGAGAGUUGCAGGUUAUUUUCCUGAUUCAAAUGUGAUUGCUCUUGUUCUGAAUGCUUAUGGAAAGUUGCGGGAAUUUGAGAAGGCAGAUGCCAUAUAUCGGGAAAUGCAGGAAGAGGGGUGUGUUUUCCCAGAUGAUGUUCACUUCCAGAUGCUCAGUCUUUAUGGCGCUAAGAAGGAUUUUAAGAUGGUAGAGUCACUGUUUGAGAGGUUGGACUCUGAUCCCAACAUCAACAAGAAGGAACUGCAUCUUGUCGUUGCCAGCAUAUAUGAAAGAGCAAAUAGACUCAAUGAUGCAUCCCGAAUCAUGAACAGGAUGAAUGACAGAAGAAAUCCAAGAUUAUGAGCAUUUCUUGAAAUCAUGCAUCUGACCUUGUCAUAAAAAAAAAAAAAA